AUGAAUGGCUUGCUGAGCAGUCGCUUUAUUCUCCGUAUUUCCCGCGGAUGUCAUUCUUUCUACAGCCAUUAUUUAACAUCGGAGAUGACCAACGCAGCUGUCCAGAAGUUCCGCCCAAUAGUGGUGUCAGGUCCCUCUGGGACGGGGAAGUCCACUUUACUCAAGAGGCUCUUCACUGAGCACCCUGAUACAUUUGGGUUCUCUAUCUCACACACUACUCGAGCCCCUCGGCAGGGAGAACAAGAUGGUCGCGAAUACUACUUCACAACGAAGGAGGCGUUUCUAGACCUAGUUGGCCGAAACGGCUUCAUUGAGCAUGCCCAGUUCAGUGGUAACUACUAUGGAACCAGUGUGCAAGCGGUGAAAAGCAUUGCAGAAAAGAGCAAGAUUUGCAUCCUUGAUAUUGAGAUGGAGGGUGUGAAGCAAGUUAAGCGGACUGAUCUCAAUGCUCGCUUUUUGUUUCUUUCUCCCCCUUCAUUGGAAGAAUUGGAGAGGAGACUGCGCACUCGAGGAACAGAGACAGAAGCUAGCUUGAGUAAGCGCCUAGCACAGGCAAGAAACGAGCUCGAAUAUUCCAAGCAGCCUGGUUCCCAUGAUAAAAUCAUUGUCAACGAUGAUUUGGAUAAGGCAUAUGCUGAAAUGAAGGAUUGGAUUAUUGAUGGCGGGAAUUUCGGGGCACAGCUAUAA